GACUUCCCACGUAGCCGUCUCUUCCACCCCCUCGAACGCUCACUGUUAUUGCUGUGACCGAGACUACUCGUCCCCCCAGAGAGUUCGCGGGAAGGGGCAGCUGUUGCAAAAAUCGGGGAGGGAGCACCUGCUUGAAACUCUAGGCUAAACUUUCUCCGCCGAAGGGGCGGAGCGCAGGGUGGCCCCACCAGACGAGCCCGGGUGACUGGCUGGGCGCCGGCAGGUUGGGUGAGCUCCCGCGAGGGGUGGCACCUGCCGGGCGGCUUCUGCUUUCUCACGUUCCCGGAGCCGGAUCCCCAUCGCGCGCCUAGAUCCGCCGUCUAGCCCGGCGCCGCUCACCCAUCCUCGGGCCGAUUGCUCUUGUUAUGGGGUCCCCCGAAGGAGGGGAACAGCAGGACUUGGUUGACCUGGCCCGCCUGCGCUCGCUCUUCCUCGCCUGCGACCUGAAGGGAUCCGGCCGCAUCGAACGCGACGACUUCGGCUCGCUGUGCGCCGAGCUGAGGGUCCGGCCGGCCGAAGCCGAGGCCAUCUUCCAGCGCCUGGACACCGACCGCGACGGCGCCAUCACCUUCCCCGAGUUCGCUCGCGCGUUCCGCGGCGCCACUCAGCGGCGGAGGCAGCGGCAGCAGCAGCAGCGGCGGGGCGGCCCAGGAGAAGGCUGGGCGCAGGAGGGGCAAGCAGAAGGGCAAGAGUCGCCCGCCGACGCCGUCGACGCCUUGGACGUUUUGGCAGGGGGGGCGAUGGAGCCGAGCCAGGCUUGGCGGGAGUUCGAGCUCCGGCUGGGCGAGGAAGCGGGGUUCAUCCCCAGGCAAGAACAGGUCAGUGUUCUGUAUCAGAACAUCAGUAUUGUGGAACCACGAUUAAUUCAACCUUAUGAACAUGUUAUUAAGAACUUCAUUCGUGAGAUCAAGCUUCAGAGUACAGAGAUGGAAAGCUUAGCCAUCGCUGUAAAAAGGGCACAGGAUAAAGCAGCAAUGCAGCUGAGUGAAUUAGAAGAGGAGAUGGACCAGCGAAUACAGGCUGCAGAACAUAAAAUUAAGAAGGAGGAAAAACGCAAGGCAGAAGAGACUCUGAAUGAUCUGAAGCAGAAGUAUGAAUCUGAAGUUGGCGACCUCCAAGUGACAGUAAAGAAACUUAAAAUGCUUGAAGAACAAUCUAAAAACAUCAAUCACAAAGGAGAUUUGGUUCUGCUAAAGAACAGGAUACAUGAUCUGACAUUGGACAACCAGAAACUUAAAAAAGAUCUAAUGGAAGCGCAGACAAAUAUUUCUUUCCUUCAGAGUGAGUUAGAUACUUUGAAAAGUGAUCUUGCUGAUCAGAGUUUAAAUUCAGAGAGAGACCUGGAAAUGAUCAGAGAAUACACUGAAGACAGAGGUAGCUUGGAAAGACAGAUAGAAAUACUGCAGUCAGCAAACAGAAAACUUUAUGACAGCAAUGAUGGCUUACGAAGUGCAUUAGAGAACAGCUGGAGCAUAUACAACAGAUCUCUGCGUCUAACCAACUCUUCUCCUGGGAACACAGUCUCCAGAAACAAAUGUAAUGGAGGCCAGUCUCCUCAAAAUACACGAUAUGACAGGUCAUCUCAUUCCUCCUGUGUAGACGAAGACUUUGAUUCUCUGGCACUUUGUGAUCCUAUGCAGAGGAUAAGCUGUGAGGUAGACAGCUUGCCUGAAAGCUGCUUUGACAGCGGCCUGUCUACCUUGAGAGACUCCAACGAAUAUGACUCAGAAGUGGAAUCCAAGCAUCAAAGGACUUCUCAAAGGUCACAGUGUCCACAGGAAAGCAUUGCAGGAGAUGCUUCUGAUACAGAUGUCCCAGAUAUCAGAGAUGAAGAAGUAUAUAGCCCUGACGAAGUAAGUACGGUGUUAGAUUGGAAACCAUGCCAACCAGUCAGUCGAAGCAGUUCUGGAGCUUCCACAAGGAAGUGCAUCUCUGCCAUCUCUCCACAGUCAGACUCCAGAGAUUACAACUCCAGGUACCCAAGCUCCGAGAAGGCUUACAGGAUAGUUCUUGCUGGAGAUGCAGCAGUUGGAAAAUCCAGUUUCCUUAUGAGACUUUGCAAAAAUGAAUUUCGAGGGAACACCAGUGCAACUCUAGGGGUUGAUUUUCAGAUGAAGAGACUUAUUGUUGAUGGCGAACCUACAGUGCUACAGCUGUGGGACACAGCUGGGCAAGAGAGGUUCAGGAGCAUUGCAAAAUCAUACUUCAGAAGAGCAGAUGGUGUGCUUCUGCUAUAUGAUGUUACGUGUGAGAAAAGUUUUCUGAAUGUGCGAGAAUGGGUGGAGAUGAUUGAGGAUGCAACACAUGAAAAUAUCCCAAUCAUGGUGAUUGGAAACAAAGCAGACCUUCGCCCAGUGGCUUAUGAACAAGGAGAGAAAUGUGUACCAGUAAAUUAUGGAGAAAAACUGGCCAUGGCUUACAGUGCAUUGUUUUGUGAAACAAGUGCCAAAGAUGGAUCUAACAUUGUGGAGGCAGUUCUUCACCUUGCUCGAGAAGUACGAAAAAGAAGCGAUAGCGAAGAUGACAACAGGUCUGUAACUGACUUGACAGGGACGACGACAAAGAGGUCAACAAACACCAAAAAUUGCUGCAAUAUUUAGAUGAUCAAGGCAUUUUUGGCUCCAAAAAAGAGAGAGACUUUGAGGUAUAAAGAAAAAUCCAAGGGAAAAAAUGAAAGAAUCAGGCAUAGUUUAUGCCAGAGCAUUUGUGGAGGGGAGAGUGGCAGUAAUUACCCUACAGGUCCAUCAGACUGGCCAGCAAGUUCACAGUCCCCAAGAAUAAUGCUGAGCAAAAUCAAGUCAAGAAGAAGGAGGUCUUCAGUUAUGCAGCACCAUUUGCUGAAUGUGGAUCCACUCAGCUUCAAACCAUACAUGCCAUUUUAUGUUGACCUGCUUGGCAAAGAAGUAAAAAAACAACAUUUCUCAGUAUGAUUUUAGUAGUAAAUACUAAACUGUGUAAACAUGGAAAAUCUACUUUCUGCUCCAUGGCUGGAAUAUGUGACCAGAUCUUCGAGGAACUCCAUCACCAUCAUGAAAUUCAUACUAUUUUUGGAAGAAUUGCUGGAGUUUUGAACUUUUCUGUUCUGUGUUGUGCCAAAAUCAGGGGAGACUCAGUGGCAGUUGCAUUCAGGGAGUUGUGUUUGAAUGGAAAAGAAAAACAUGGCGCUGUUCAAAGAUAAACUUUAAAGAGCAGAUGUCCAAUAUUGAUUUGUUUAUAGUAUGGGAUAAUUUAACAACACAAGUUUGAUUAUUUUGUCUGAAGCUGUAUAUAUUAGUUGAAUUAAAAAAGCCUAAAACUCACAGAGUCUAGGCUUUCUCACAACAGCCUCUAGGAAGGAGCUCACAUGAUAGCAUAUUCCAUGAAAAAAAGGUUUGCCUACAGAGAAACUACAGUCUUAGGCAAAAGUCUAGUCUAGAACCUUCUCCUAUGUGCACAUAUGCUACUUCUUUUGUACAGAGGCAUAUUCAUUCAUGUGUGCCCCUGCCUUCAGUCUCAAGUAGCACAGCCCAACCAUAGGUUUGUUGCCUCAAUAAGAACUAAGUCUUUAUGCAGUGAAGCUAAACCAGCAAUGACCUAUAGUCCUAGUUAAUUAAGCUAAGGAUUCUUAAACUGUGUCAUAGUCAGCUUAAGCCUAUCUUGCACCAGCCCUUCUGAAGAAUAAUUCUGAAAAAACCUGAAAACUCAUCUGGAAAUAACUCUGCUGGUUUACAUUUAAAACCCAAAGGGAAGGUUCAAGGUCCCAAGGUAUGCGAAGUUAUUGCAAGUAGCUCCCUAAAAUAGAGGAUUUGCUUUGAAUCUCCACUGGCAUCUAAGACAAUGAAUGUUUGUUAGCUUGUUCUGAUAUUUCACCUCAAGAUUUGCUGAAAGAGGGAUCAAAGAGUGGGUCUUAUACUGCAGCUGCUUGUCUGAGUAUCACUUUUGUAGGCCUUCUUGAUUUUUUCAAAACUUCGUUGACAGCCCAAUCCAGAGUGGCCAGAGACAGCGCUGCCGCCAUGCCAGCUCCUCCCAAGAGCUUCCAGGCAAGCGUGGAAAGUCAGCAAACACCAGAAAAUCCCUGGCUGUCUGAAAACUUUCCAUAGGGCAAAAUGGAUUUGUUGGAGGUCUGAGCCAGGGAUGUUCCCAGCUGGAAAGCCCGGUGGAAGCUAUGUAAAGUUGACUCCACCCCAGUUACACCCUAGCCUUCCCGCAGCCAUGCUGGCAUUCAGCUUUAGGCCAGUGCAGCUCUUCAGGUGACUGCCUUUUUUGGAGUACUGUCCUCCACAUUUGCUCUCUCCACCAGCGUAAAUGCCACUUACACGGUCAGGGUGGCAAACAUGUCGGCACUACUCUGAGCCUGUUCCAAGAGCCACUUUGCCCCUUCCCACCUACACCCCACCCCCAGAUAGGGUUGCCCAAGUCUUGUGUCUUUAAGAUGUGGGAUUAGCAGUCACAAAAAUUUAAGUUCUUUUUUGAAGGGUAGCAUUGUGGCUUUUGCAGUGUGGACUUGAGUGUUAUAAUAUUGUUGCCUGACACAGAAAGAAGAAAAUCAAGUUAUUGGUUUCUUGGCAACCUGGUGUUAUUGAGUAGGUGCGAAAGACCCCUUGGCCCUUAAAUCUGCAUACUGAGUGUCUUGGGCUCUUUUUAUAUAUUUUAAAUUUAUAUAGUUUUGCUCCCCCCCAAAAAACUAAUUUAUAAAACUAGAAUAUGGAUUUUAUUUUUCUCUAGAAUGGAUUUAUGAUUACUCUUUAUCAAAGAACAGUACUUGUUUUGCACUCAGAAAAUGUCAGUGUUGAAAUGACACUUUUUCAGCUUUUACUUCAUAUAUGUUGCCUGUGCAACUUUCAGCAGUAUAGAAAAAGAAGUCCUGAUUCUGCAUCCUAAAGAAAAAUCUUGCAUCAUAAUAUCCUGAUUGUGACAAGGGGAUGCAUAGUUUAUCUUAACAGAUGCUCACAGCUGCCAUGCACCACGCAGUUAAGCUUUUCUUAAGAAUGUUUUGGUGGUACAACUGGGACAUGGCAUUCUUAAAUAAGAUCCUAAUCUGAUUUUAAAAUUUGCCAUGUUACCAAAUGUGCAAUGGGAAAGAACAUUUAUGAAACACUAGCUUACACUGGGGAUGUUGCAAACUGAUAGACCAGCCAAAAAUGUUUAAAGUUGAGAUGCAUUGACAGAUAGAGCUUGUAUAAUCAAACCAACACAAAUAUUGAUUUUUGUAAGCCAGGCCCACAUGAUUUGCAGAACACUUCAAAAAUGCAUAUAUAUGCUAACUUGCAACAAGUCAGGCAUCAGUAACAGAGCAGCCAUAUUUCACAGUUUUGCUAUGUUAUUUGAGUGUUUAGUUAUUAUCUUGAGACACCAGUAACUGACAGGCUAAGGUAUUUGUGAUUCCAGGUCUUACAUUCAAACAAAAUAUUCUGUUUUCAGUAGCUCAAGUCUGAGAACUUUUGAGCCACAUCCUUAAUUUUUAAAUAUCUGACGCUGUCAAUCUUGCUGAGUAAAGUGUGUGUGUUAUAUGUCUACAUGUGCAUUUAUAGGCUUUAAUUUUGAACCAUACAGUACUAGCUUGUGUCAGAACAAAUUUAAUAGUCUGGAGUUCUGCUGAUAAUUCAUUUAAACACCAUCCCGGUAUCAAAGCACUUAACUGUGUAAGAGGAAAACAAUUAUAAAUACUGACUUGAUUUUUACUAUCAUUGCACUUUUGAUGUCCAACAAGUGAUCUUUUGUGGAUGUGGCGUUCCCAAGAACUUUUCUGUUCAUAUCCAUUGAGUGAAUAGUUUCAUGCAUACACUGAGAUUUGAUGUGCGAUGUUUUCCCCAUCCAUUCAAGUGAACUGAGAAGCCAGCUUAUGCAAGAAGUUCACUUACACUUGAGAGAACACAAAUGGGACUCUGCACUUGGACAAAUGGUGCCUUAUAGAUCCUGAAUAGAUUUCUGCCAGUAUGAGUGGCUGUUAGAAAGCAGCCCUUUUUAAGAGAUAUCUCUUUUGUUGAGUAAAAAUGUUGUCUUUUUAUUUAUUUAGUGGCCUUGUUACCUUUGUACGUGUGUAUUUAUUUUCAAAUGGAGAUGUUGUAUGUUAUUGUUUAUGAGAAAUAUGUACACAAGAUUAUUUUUAUGCAGUUAAUACAUUAUUUUCCUCCUACUUUAUCGUUUAAACUCUUAGAGCAUACCACCUUUUUGCGUGCUUUGCACUCUUUUUUUAAAAAAAUCUUACAUGCUAUUUCGUAGGCCUCUGGCAACUCCUGGUGAUAGUUUGUGGGCCAAAAUAUGCUGCGUAAAAUUUCUUAGAAUUAAAAUUAUAUGUAA